CCACCCUCGCCUCUUCCCCCUAUACUCCUCGUUCUUCUCCUUCCGCUUAACCUUCUUCACCUCGUUCCUCCUCUGCUUCUCCUUCCCCCACUUCUCCGGCGCGCUCACCGCCUCAAUCUUCCGCUUCUGCCUGCGCUCCUCGCGGCGCUGCCGGACUCCCUUUUGCACCUCACCCAUGACGCGCAGAUACUCUGGCGUGCCCAUGCGCUUCUGCAGGAUAUUGAUGAUUUCCGUCGCCUUGUCGAUGAGGGCGCGGUACGUGUCGUUGAAAGCGGGAUCCGUGGAGCGGGGGAUGGUGGUAGCGGGGUCGGUCAAGGUAGUGAAAGUGGUGAGGAGGUGGGGCAGCGACGAGGCGAGGGACUCGAUGGAGAGUUUGUGGGUGAGUGUCUCGAUGAGCGUCAUGGUUGCUGUUUUGGGGUACAGUGACGAGAUUUUCAUGAUUUUUGUCUCGCGGCGGAUCAGGCCCGAGAGGCGCGUCAUGAGGCGGUGGAUAGCCGUUGGCCGGGUUGCUUUUGCGGGUUUGGGCGAUGGGGAGAAUCCACCCCAUUCUUCUUCCGAUUUUUGACUGGGUUCGUUCUGUGCGUCUUCAUCCAUUGAGUCGACUUCUUCUUCUUCUUCCUCUGCGUCGGCACUGUCGUCUGUUUUUUGCCAGGUCCACAUUGCCCCGUUCGCGGAGAGACAGCGGCCCAAGAAAGCAAGAUUACGGAUGCUCUGUGUGCACAAUUCCUCGCCGACAUUUGAAGUCUCGAGAUUCUUCAGAAAUGUAUGCGUUAAUUUAACCAUCUCGUCUUCGACCAAUUGCAGGCCUCUGGAUCCUUUGAGUGGCAGUUGAGAAAGGCCAGCCUCCCCAUUCGUGGAAGCAAGGUCGGCGAAGAGUGUUCCCAUCAGCUUUGCAGCUACGCAAACAUAACGUCCGGCAUGGACUUGCACAGUUUCAUAAAGACUAUGAGUGCGUAGUAAAGGAGCUCC